UGAGUGUUUUGGACAAGACAGAAGCUACAAUGAUGGGUUUACCACUACUGCUGCUGCUGAUAGGGACGGUCACUCGCUGUUCAGCUGGACCUCUGCCUCACGACAACCCAGACAAUGUGCGACUAGCAGAGAGAUAUCUGCACCGGUUUUAUGGACUCCCAGCUGGACUCAGGGGAAGAAAGGCCUCGCUUGAUGCAUUUCAGGACAAAAUUAAAGAGAUGCAGGAAUUUUUCAAACUUGAAGUUACAGGGAAUCUAGAUGAAAACACUUUGGACGUGAUGCAGCAGCCCAGAUGUGGAGUGCCAGAUGUCGGAGAAUACAACCACUUUCCCCGAAAACUGAAAUGGCAAAACACCAACAUCACUUUCAGGAUUGUGAAUUACACUCCUGACCUAAAAAAGUCAGACGUGGACAGAGCCAUUCGAAAUGCACUGAACGUUUGGGCCGACGUCACCCCUUUGACUUUCAAGAAACUGAACGAGGGCAUUGCGGACAUCAUGAUCAGCUUCGGCAGCAAAGAACAUGGAGACUACAAUCCUUUUGACGGGCCUAAUGGGCUCCUGGCUCACGCUUAUCCUCCUGGACCAGGCAUCGGAGGAGACACGCACUUUGAUGAAGACGAGCACUGGACCAAGGACUCCAGCACGUAUAACCUGUUCAUAGUGGCCGCUCAUGAGUUGGGCCACGCUCUGGGCAUGUCCCAUUCCUCAGACCCGGGUGCCCUGAUGUACCCUGUGUACUCCUACGGGGAGGGAUUUCCUCUCGCUGAAGACGACAUCGAGGGCAUUCAGGAGCUCUAUGGACCAAACCCAAAUCAUAGAAAAGUGAAGCCAAAGCCUGACGCUCCGCAGAAGUGUGACCCGAUGCUCAGUUUUGAUGCCGUCACGGAACUGAGAGGAGAGACCAUCAUUUUUAAAGACAGGUUCUACUGGAGAAUCCACCCUCAGUUUGUUGAACCGGAGCAAACCCUGAUCAAAAACACAUGGCCCUCACUGCCCAAUAAAGUGGACGCUGCCUACGAGAACCCGGAAAAGGACCAGGUUUUCAUAUUUAGUGGGAUUAGAAUGUGGGCACUAAAUGGAUACACCCUCGUGGACGGUUACCCCAAGUACAUUCACAAACUGGGACUGCCAAAAUCAGUCCGGAAAAUUGAUGCAGCGGUGCACAUCAGAGAGACUGGGAAGACUCUGCUCUUCACUGAUGAGGAGUACUGGAGCUACGAUGAAGCCUCAGGCAGCAUGGACACGGGAUACCCACGCUCCAUAGAGACAGAUUUUCCUGGAAUGGGAGAUGAAGUGGAUGCUGCUGCUUUUCACUAUGGUUACUUGUACUUCUUCCACGAACACGUCCAAUACGAGUACAGUUACAACUCCAGAAAAGUGAUCCGCGUCCUCAGAGCGAACUCCAUCUUUAACUGUUGAUCGAGAUACUUCCAAUGAUCAAAAUGUUUGUAAAAU